CAGGUUGCUGAGGCGUAAAUAUUAAAUGAUGAAAUAUUUACUUUAUUACAAACAAACUAUUGCUUUAGGCAGAAAAAUUUGCUAAAGAGAUCACUUUGUACUCUGGAGUCGAUCUUUCUGGAACAUAUUUAUUUACGUUGUUUCUUCAAGUACACUACUGGUACUUGUAUAUAAAUACCAGAUCUAUUGUAAAUUUUAUACAGUGGUCUAUAAAUUAAAUUUCUUGAACUCAAUCUUCAAGAAUAGCAGCUGUAUAAUUUUAAUCACUAUUUUCAGUGUUAUGAAAUAUUCUGGAGUUAAACACAGCUUUUGAGUUUAAUAAUAAUUUUGACAUUUUGUGUCUAUUCUGUUAUCAAAUAUAUUAGGAUUUAGAGGAGAUUGUGUAUAUAUAUAACAGCUGGAAAAAAUGUCACUUGUUUCAAGAGAUGUGCCCAUAAGAUAUGAACCAGACUUUUGGCCAUCCUGUUAUGAUCAACAUUUAGCAAUGUACAGAGAUUCUAUUCCGUAUGAAAAUCAAAUCUCUAGAUAUGAUGAUUUUUAUAUGCCAUAUGGUUUUGAAAGCAGACCACUAAUGCGUAGCCAAAUCUGGCCAAAUUUUGAAAGAGAAAUGUCCAAAAUGAAUGAAGAGAUGAAAAGAAACUGGGAUGUUUCACGUAGAAUGGCAGAUGGAAACCUUGCAAAAAUGGGAGAUAAUUUCCUUGCUCCAUCUGCAGAAAACUGGAGAUUAAUGGAAAAUUUCAGGAUGGAUAAUCCUAUAAUUGAAGAUAAUUCUGGAAGAAGAAAAUUCUAUUUGGAAUAUGACACGUCACAAUUCAAACCAGAGGAAAUAACUGUGAAAACAUCUGGCCAGCAAUUAACUGUUCACGCUAAACAUGAAGAGAAAUACGAGAAUCGUUCAUCCAGAAAGGAAUAUCAGAGAAGCUAUCUGUUGCCCCAGGAAGUAAAUCCAGAACUUUUGACCUCCAAGCUUAGUGAAACUGGAAAAUUAACAAUUACGGCCUUACUUCCAGCAUUGAUGCCAGGAAAUAAGGAAAGACUUAUAGCAAUUGAGCACACAAAAUAAUGUUCAUAACAGACUGUCUGUCAGUUGAAAGGAAAUUAAACAUCUUAAAACAGUUGUGAAAUCAGUUUGAAAGAACAUAGAUAUAUAUGAAAACACCAAAUUUUAUACCAAAAUUU